AUGAAACCUAAAGAUUCUGAUAUUAAUGAAAGCGAAAUUCGUUUCCUGUCUCGAAUUUCAUUAACUAAAAUCUUAUUUGAUAAACUUAUUGAAAAGCAUCAAACUACUGAUAUAUAUAGUGAUGAUGUAGUUCGGCCUUUUGGAUUAGUUCACAAACAUGGUCAUUUCCAUAAGCAAACUAAAGAAAAGUUAGCUAAAUUCUUAUCCACAUAUCCUUUAGUUCAACAUCCGGAAUCAUCCAUCGAUAUUAAUGAUAAUCCUGUUGAACGAUUAGAGAGAAAAAUCAAUGAUUUUGAACUAUUUUUAAGAGAUUAUGUAGUUGAGGAACAGCAAUUAGAUAAGGCUAAUAGAAGUAUUGAAAAUCGAGAUAUAAAUCUUGCUGAUAACCUGCUAUUGGAUCUAGAUACUAGCCUACCUAAUAAUCUGUUAUUUGAUCAGGAAAAUGAGCAUGAGGAACAACUAGAAGAUGAGGAUACACAAAAUUCAGUAAUUUAUGUUGAAUUAUCAUUUAACAAUUGGGAGCGUGUAAAACAAUGGAUUAAUGCAUUUGGUCUUCAACAAUGA